GUUGAUUAGGUGUUGAAUUACCUUUUUCUUGUUAACCUAAUAGUUCAACUUUAGUCGCUUAUUAUUAUCCAUGAAUAAGUUCUGUUAUUAAACUAAAGUUGAAUAACGAUUCUCUAGAGACGAAGUUAGAAGUUCGUGAAAAAAGUCAUCGAAGUAAACGACAAUGGGGAAAGUGAAUUCAUUGAUUGCUACAUUGAAAGAUUUUCAUUUGGAAUUUUUUUACCUUCUCUUCAUGUUUGCUCUAACGGUACAAUCGACGGUCGUAACUCAAUUGAUAGAAGAUAAAAUUUGCUUGAAUCGAUUUGGUUUCACUUUGGAUGAUUGUCUUAACAAUAAAUCUUCUAAUAAAACUUUAGUUCUAAAAGAGGCCUCAUUACUUUCCAGUUAUCGUUCAAUUCUUGGUAAACUUCCCGCUAUCGCUACAACCCUGUUCGUAGGUUCGUGGAUCAACAAUUAUAUCAAUCACUUGAAGUUCAUCAUUCUCAUGCCAUGUAUUUCAAUGAUAAUACAAAUUCUUGUUCUUAUUGGUAAUGCUGUUUACUUUGAGCUUGAUCCGAAAACUGUAUUAGUUGUUGACCUUUUACCUUGGAUAUUUGGUACAAUCCGAAAUACAUUUAUGGCCCUUCAAACUUACGUUGUAUUGACUAAUCCACCAGAGAAACGGAUUAUUAAAUUUGCUUCCAUUGAUGUUGCCAGUUUAAUGGGUUCAGUUGCUGGUCAGUAUUGUGGAGGUUGGAUUCUUGACCAGAAACCUUGGUUCCCUCAUCAAGUGCAUAAUUAUCUCGGAGUUUUUAUAAUAUCAUUAAUAUUUAAACUGAUUGCGAUUUGUUUUUUCGCUUUCAAAGUACCAACAGUUUAUAAAUUAAACGAAAAAAGAACAAAGAAAAAUCCUGAUCACGCUAAUCACAAUCUUCCAUAUAAGACUCAGAAAUCGGUGGAAAGUGCAGUUUCCGAGGAAAACGUUGGUCCAAUCGCUGAAUUUAUAUCCAAAGUAUUUUCACUUGAAGCUCUUAAAAAACUUUUCAGUACUUUGACUAGACCUCGAACUGAAGGUCGAAGGGGAGUUUUAUUCAUACUGAUAAUGUCAGAUAUUUUACUUAGUAUCGAUUUCUCAUUUGAUAACACAACAUCCUUUCAAUUCGCCCAAAAGGCUUAUGGUUGGUCGAAUUAUCAAUAUUCACUUUAUCAAUCGAUCUUAACAGCUUUUCCCGCUCUUUUACAAUCAUUUGGACCCAGAAUUCUGAUUGAAAAACUUGGUGCAUCUGAUACAACCCUCGGGUUGAUAGCUAUCACUUCUCAUGCUGCUCAACAAAUUAUCGUUGGCUCAUGGUUAUCAACUGAAGGUUAUUUCAUAGCUUGGACGGUUGGAUGUCUUUACAUUUUUAUGGAUUCAGCAACCAGAUCACUUCUCUGUAACGUUGUCGAGCAAGAUGAAGUUGGUGGUGUCUUUUGUUUAUUGUCCGUAUUUGGGUCGAUAGCUACUCUUGGAACCGAUUGGGUUCUUGUCAAGAUUUUCAAUGCAACUUUAGCCACCUAUCCGGGAUUGUGUAACCAUCUUUUUGCUGGAUUGGCGAUAUUUCCCUUCAGCAUUUUCCUAUGGAUUAAAUUGCGCAGGCCUCAUCUUUCAGGUAGUAAUCUGGGUGCAAAGGAUGAUCAAGAAAAAGAUGAUUCGAUUGUCAGCAAAAACUGAAAUCUCGAUAGUAAAACAUUUGGAUAAUUGUCAUUAUCAUCGAGCUCAAUGAUUUAUUUCGAUUGUAAUUGCGACUACAUUGUUUGCCAAGUUCUAGUAGUAAAUCGAAAUCAAUUUGGUUCUAUCAAUAACUAAGAUCGGCAAAGAAAGUUAAUGUAAAAUUUUUGCUUCUUUUAUAUAAAUUAAUAAACAACGAUUGUCCCUCGUUUUCGCAAUAUUUCAGGUCAACGUUGAAGUUAAUCAUUUUGUUUUGUAAAUUAGCACUUAUUCAGGUUAAAAUUGUUCAAGAAUUGCAAUUAAUGGAUUUGGUUGAGUUUGUUACUGGUCUCAAUGAGGUUUGGACAUUUUUGG